AUGAAGGAGGCAACAAGAAGAGGCCCCACCCCGACUCUAAAGCAACCCAUGCUAAAAGAAAGGGACACGUCAAGGGAAAGGGAAAGGGAAAAGCUAAAGCAGAACCCACCAAACCAAAGGAGAAGAAGCAAAAGGUUGCUACGAAUGACCCAUGUUUUGAAUGUGGGGUUCGAAAGAAAUAAACAUUAUAAGAAGGGAGACGCUAGUCUCUUCAUGGGCAACAGAGCAAAAGUUAAAGUCGAAGCUCAAGGAGACUACGUUUUAAAGCUUCCAAGUGGUUUAGAAGUUAUUUUGAAGAAUGAGAUAAAAGAUGAUGAAAAGGCAAAGAACGAGAUCGAAAUUGUGGAACAGAUACCGGAGCAUCCAAAUGUUGUAACCUUCAAGGAGAAGUUUGAAGAUGAAAAAUGUUUUCAAGUGGUGAUGACUUUAUGUGACGGUGGGGGGUUGUUCAGUCGUAAGGGUAAGGGUGAAGGGGGUCGUUUCACCGAACGACAAGCGGCAAGAGCCAUAAGGGACAUCAUGGAAGGAGUUAAGUUUUGUCACCAAAACUAUAUCUUUCAUGGAGACAUAAAGCCUGGUAAUAUAAUGUGGAAGGAUAAAGAGAAAUCAUGUCUGGUUCUUGUUGACUUUGGAGUGUCCUUGAAGUUCACACCAGCCCUUACACCAUACACUUCUCCAGAAGUAAUAGAUAAAAGCUAUGGGAAGGAGGCUGACAUUUGGAGUGUUGGAGUUAUUUUGUACUAA